CGCACCGCGUCCAUCAUGUCGCUGGUGGAGACCAUCCGGCUGUGGCAGGAGGGGGUGUGUGCUGCGGAUGGCAAGGAGUGGCACGCAGCCCUGAAGGCCUUCACCGCCAUCCAGAACCCACCGGCCAAAAUCUGCUUCAACAUCGGCUGCACCCACCUGGUCCUGGGGCAGCUGGCCGAGGCAGAGGAGGCGCUCACCCAGAGCAUCAGCUGUGACAAGCACCUGGCCGUGGCCUACUUCCAGCGGGGAAACGUCUUCUACAAGAGACACAACUAUGAAAUGGCCAUGAAGGAUUUCAAGGAGGCUCUGGCCCAGCUGCGAGGCAACCAGCUCAUUGACUACAAGAUCCUGGGGCUGCGCUACAGGCUCUUCGCUUGUGAGAUCCUUUACAACAUCGCACUGGUGUAUGCCAGCACGGAGGACUGGAAGAAAGCUGAGGAGCACCUGACACUGGCAAUGAGCUCAAAGAGUGAGCACCAGCACAACAAGAUUGACAGGGCAAUGGAAGCCAUCUUGAAGCAGAAGCUCUAUGAGCCAGUGGCAAUUCCCACAGGGAAGCUGUUUCGACCAAAUGAAAAGCAAGUUGCUCAGCUGGAGAAGAAGGACUACCUGGGAAAAGCCAUGGUGGUGGCAUCCGUGGUGGACAAGGACAGUUUUUCAGGAUUUGCUCCCCUCCAACCGCAGGCUUCUGGGCCUCCCCCCAGGCCCAAGACACCAGAAAUCCUCAGGGCUCUUGAAGGGCAGCCGCACCGCGUCCUGUAUGAGUUCAUACCUGAAACUGCUGAGGAGCUGCAGGUCCUGCCUGGAAACAUCGUCUUUGUCCUGAAGAAAGAGAAGGACAACUGGGCUACGGUGAUGUUUAACGGAAAGAAAGGGAUUGUCCCCUGCAACUUCCUUGAGCCCAUGGAGCUCCAGCACAAGCUGCACGUCCAGGAUGAAGCCCCACCUGAGCUUGACAUCCCUGAGCCACCCAGCAGCGCUGCUCCAAAGCCCCGGCGGCCAGCACCAGACUUCGUUCCUGUUUCAUCAACGCAGCAGAGAGAAGCCAAUAAGGAAACCGAACCGGCCGUCCCCAAGCCCUACGUUCUCAAGGUGCAUUACAAAUACACAGUCGCCACGCAAGUCAAGCCAGACCUGUCCUACAAGGAGCUCCUGGACCUGGUUUGCGACAAGCUGGAGCUGCAGCCUGAGCACACAAUGCUGAGGUACAAGCCUGCAGUUAGCAGAGAGCUGGUGACUCUGAGCACACAGAACCUAGAGGCAGCAUGGAACCACAGCAAGGAUCGGUGCCUGACGGUGUGGUGCGACUGCACAGAGGGAGAGGGAUUCUUACUUGACAGCAAACCAGAGGAGUCGCAGAAGGCAACAGCAGAGACGGGACCAACCCAAGUGGUAGCACAGUACAGUUAUGAGGCCACCCAGCCCGAAGACCUGGAGUUUCAGGCUGGAGAUGUGAUACUUGUUUUAUCCAAAGGUAACUGUGCUCCUGCCACUGCAGGAGAUGGGAGGGAAAGCAUGGGCCUGGCUCCAAGGUGCCAAACACAUAUCGGCCUGUGCCAUAGGAUGCUGCUCCUGCAAACUGCAGUCUGCCACCUCCAGGUGGAAAAUGGGGCGAGAAGGUUUGCAUCGAAUGCAAAGGCUUCAGACCAGUAAGAAAACGUCACAGGGACAGCAGGUGGAAGCCAAGGGAAAGGACACACAACCUGCUGUCCUAACAAUUGCAAGAUGGGAGAGUUUCACUUCAGCUGUCUUCAAGCUCGCUGAUCAGUGUAUUCUUGCUUCCUUCUGACCCUGCACCAUGCCCAGAGCGCUGUCAUUCCAAUUCCUCUCACUUGGCACCCUUUCCUGGCUGCUUUUCUUUUGAGGUUUUUCUUACCUCAUAAACUUUGCUGUCUCUCUCUCUCUCCUGCACUCUUCCUCCCCGCCUCCUGUCACCUCUUCACCAGGCUAUUUACCUGCAGAUGAUCUUAAAAUGGGUAACCGUGCUCCUGCACAUCCCUAGGGUGACAAAAAUGGUGUCAAUUUUAUCUUGCAGUGAAUGAAGACUGGUUGGAAGGACAAUGCAAUGGCAAGAUAGGCAUCUUCCCCUCUGCUUUUGUUUGUGAUGGUAACACUAAAGAC